AUGGUACUUAGCUCGCAAGAUUUCUUAGAUUUGACCCUCGACGAAACCAUGCGAUCUCAGUGCGCUGAAACUAUUCAUCGCUAUGGUCUCGGAUCGUGCUCACCUCGUGGUUUUUAUGGCACAUUCCGUCCGCACAUGGAUUUGGAAGCCAAGAUUGCGAAAUUUCUCGGCGUGGGUGAAGCUGUGCUUUACUCUUUCGGCGUUUGCACUGCGUCCAGUGUCAUUCAAGCUUUAGCGUCAAAAAGUGAUGUGGCUGUGGUCGAUCGAGGCGUUGGACCGAGUAUCAUCGCUGGUUUACGUUUGGCGAAGCUCGAAAUUAGAUGGUACAAUCACGCCGAUCCUGCUGAUGCGGCGCGUGUUUUUGCGCAAAUUGAAACCGAAGAUGGUUCCACGUCUGCGAGGCUCACCCGACCUGUCAGACGUCGAUGGUUGAUUACUGAAGCAUGUUUUGGCUCCACCGGUCGAUGUGCGCCUCUCCGUGAACUUGUAGCUUUGAAGGAUCAUCACCAUGCACGAAUGAUUCUCGAUGAGUCGUUCUCCUUUGGCGCCAUGGGUGAAAGUGGUCGUGGUCUGAUUGAACACGUUGGACUACCCAGCAGCUCUGUUGAUGUCAUUUGUGCUUCGUUGGAGAACGCGUGCGCAUCUGUGGGUGGUUUUGUGGCCGGAGAUACGGGAGUCGUGGCUUACCAACGCUUGAUGGGAAGUGGUUACGUCUUCUCAGCGUCCUUACCGCCCUACCUCGCGACGGCUUCUUUACACGCCAUCAGCCGCAUCGAAGCUGAACCGGCCAUGGUUGAAAAGCUUCAUGACGCGGCGCGACGUACUCGCAGCGCACUCGUCAGUGGAGACAUUCCCGGUAUGACUACUGAUGCAGAUGCCGACUCGCCAGUCAUCCCCGUCAAGCUCUCGGCCGGCGUUGGGAGCGGGGACGAGAACAUGCUUCUGCAUCGCAUCGCUGCUCGUAUGCGAAGUAAAGGAUUUGGUGUGUGCGUGGCUCGAGUCAGUCCUGUCAUUUUACCGUCUCACCGCCCCCCGCCGUCCCUUCGUCUAUAUGCGCACGCCAGUCACACGGCGGACAAGAUUGACAAGAUGCUCACAGUGCUUCGAGAUGCUGCGUUGGAUAUCCUC